ACGGUCCCUCGCCGCUGCAUGACUGAACUUCCGCUUAGCAAGUUCUCUUUUGUUAGUUUCUUUGCAGUUAAUUGACUAAUAUGUCGUCUCGAGACGAUGAUCGACGCCUCUUCGAGCAUUUUGUCAUCGCAGGACUUUCACAGGAUUCCCCGGAACAGGCCACACCAUCUACUCAAGAGUUCGGCUAUCGAAAUAGCACACCAUUAGCUCCUAUCACGGACAUAUGCGUAAUUUUUCCAAGUCUCGGAGAGACGGCACCGGAAGGAUACGAAAUUAUAGAAACUACGCAAUUAGGAUAUCCUGCAGAUUUGAACCAUGGUUCGAUACGAAUGCCUAGUGUUUUUCUGUGUUAUCGUAGAGGGUAUCAUAAACCACCUUUGCUUGAUAUUGGACUAAUUGAGUAUGGACGAGGCGAAAAACCAAUGGUGGACACCAAUAUUGUACAGACAACACCUUUUGGAAGGCCAGCUAAUGUAAACAAUGCUUCACAGAAUAUAUUUUUAACCUAUCGAAGAGCAGUUCCGAGCAGUGCACCUAGCCAAUUCGUUGUUACCGAUAUCUGUGUUAUACUUGCGAACAAAGGAGAAAUUCCUCUGCACACAUAUUACAAAAUACCGAAAAACCUCAACAAGGGCAUGGUGGGGUCUGAUGUUUACAUAUGCUAUAAAAAGUCCCAAUGUUCCACGAAGCGGCUUGCCUACAAACCAACGGUUCUCGAUUACUUUCCCAAAGGGAAACCCAGUGAAAAUGGAGGUGAAGACUUCAAGCUAGCUCAAAAUAUAGCUCUGUUCUGCCUUCCGAUGGGAGCUUUGAUCGAAUGUUGGCCAGUCAAGUGUCAGCCGCCUGACAGAGUGUUUUCUACGUUUGUCCUGACUGAUGAGAACGGCACCAAAUUUUACGGAGCAUCAGUAUCAUUUUUCGAAAAAUAUCCUGAGAAGUUGACCGAGGAGCAACUGGAGCAGUUAGAGCUGAAUUCGACAGGUCGCGUUGACGAAGCUGGUGCUGUGGAAGAUAAUUCCAGCAACAACGACCCUGCAGACGAGAUGACUUUCUAUACUAAUGUCGCCAUAUGCAUUAUCUCACGAUAUCCGUUCUUCAAUUCUUUCAAACGAUUUCUUUACUAUAUACAUAGAAUAUCAACGGGCGGAGGUAUAUAUGCUGUACCUAUAGAGCGUUAUAUAUCACAUCUGAUGUACGAGGUAUCGUUUCCUACCCCUCGCCGGCCCCAUGUGCUUAUGCAGCUUGGCUCAGAGACUAUAAGUUUUGACUCGUAUGACGACAGUCAGCUGCCUUUGAAUGGUGCUCAGCUUUGUGAUACGUUGAGAGCCCUUGGUACUGAUAAUCUCAUUUAUCUAAUGAUGCUCGCUUUGUUGGAACAGAAGAUACUCGUACAUUCGCUGAGGUCAUGGAUGCUAACAGCUGCAGCUGAAAGUGUUUGUGCUUUGAUGUUUCCGUUCCACUGGCAGUGCCCAUAUGUUCCGCAAUGUCCCCUUGGGCUUGCUGGUGUAUUACAUGCCCCGCUACCUUUCAUCGCUGGCGUGGACUCCAGAUACUUUGAUCUGUAUGAAGACCCACCUGUUGAUGUGACGUGUUUUGAUCUGGAUACCGCUACAAUAAGUCAGUCCUCGAACCGCCUGACUUUGAAGCUUUCUAUCCUGCCGAAAAGACCAACGAAACAGUUGAAGGCGACAUUAGACGACUUAUUGAGAAGACUCAACAAGGAAGCUUUUGAUCUUGGUAGCAAAAAAGCUGAUUACGUUCCAGUCGACAGAGAUAUGGUUAUACAGAAAAAGCGCAAAGAACUUGAGAUGGCAAUUCAUGAAGCAUUUUUAAGGUUUAUGGCUAAUUUGAUGCGAGGAUAUCAGUCGUUUCUCAAACCUAUAAAAAGCGCUCCUUCUUGCGUGAAUGCAACUGACACCGGCAAUCUUUUCGAUCUCGAUGGUUUCCUGAAAUCUAGGGAUAAGUCCGGCGUUGAGUUUUUCAAGAGAUUCUGCGCAACCCAAUCUUUCAUUCGCUUCAUUGAAGAAAGAAGUUUUGUUUCUGAUAAGAACACUUACAAUGCCUUCUUUGAUGACUGCAUCGCGAAAGUAGACGGAAGUGAAAGCGGAGACGUGUCUUUGCUAGAACUGGAUGGAUCUGCACAUUUAAACAACACAUCAGUAUUCAUCGCACCACCUGAACCAAUUGUUGAUCCAAAAACGGGUCUCGAACGUGAAUUCAAAUACGAUCGUUUUCCGAGGAAGCUUGACCCUACGUUGUUCCAGCUGGACCAUUUGAGCAUGAACCGAGCAGAUCAACAAUCCGUUCCGCUGCAAUAUGAGUAUAAUCGUUGCGCUGCGGUAAGGACCAAGCCUGAAGUCAGGUCAUCGAUGCUUGCUGCGACUAACUCUGUGCGGACGAAUCCUUUGCAUUGGCCGAAAACGCUGCUCUUCUACGCUUACUCUUUAUGGUUUAUGCAACUUCCCAGUCUCGUCACUAUCGCUCCGAACAAGAAGAAAAUUCUUCUUCUCGCUUUUCAUAUCUUGGAUCGCAUGGAGCAUACCGAAGUUUUCCCGCUGGACCAAGUUUGUUAUCGAAUAUUAAUCGAACUUUGUGGGGAAUGUGGUGAGCCUUCGCUGGCAGUCAAAGUCUUACAGGCAAUGCAUCGCGCUGGUGUUGAGCAAAAUGCUGUAACUUACGGGAUUUAUCAUCGUGCUGUAUUGGACGCAAAAUGGCCGACACCUGCAAGGCAAAAAGCAAUCGAAGCUUGGGCGCAGCUCAGGCUAUUUGUACAUGCAUUGGUGAGACUGAAAGCAUUCAUACGUACGGAGACUCGCAACAUCUGUCCUACAACGGAUUCGUACUCCGUAAGUGAUGGUGGAUAUCACAGCGAUAAAACAGCGGAGGAGAAAAGAAUUGAGGCUUUGGAAUUGGAGACCAAGCCAUACGUUAUCUCGUAUCAGUCUCUCCAAGACAGCGAAAAGGAUCCUCUGUGUCCUGCGAAUGAUGAAGACUCUGUGGGCAAGAAUCCACUAGAUCCUUUAGGAGCUUUAGCAUCAUGUGAAACGCCUAAGGCCCCAUCCAAUCAACUGCCAAUGAGCCCAAGCAGAGCGAAGUUUAUGGCAGAGCUGCAGUCGACUCCAUUUGCGGAUGAGCUCAAUCCCAAAGCGGAAAAUAAAGUAAAAGCGACUCCAAAUAAGUCUUUGGGAUGGCUAAAAGGACUGACAAACAGCCCCAUAUUGAAGAUGAUACGCAGUCAGACAUUUGAAAACGAAAAAGCUGCGGAAAAUGAUCAAGGCCUUACAAUGAGUCCAAGUCUACACUCACUGGUAAAUCAGGUUUGGAAAGGGUACGAUGAUGUCCGUAUGGACGCUAUGUCCUCCAAACUAAAACUAGGUGUGUCUUCGUUGGUGCGUGAAGUCAAAAGCUUAAAUCGGUCAUAUCGCGAACGCGGAAGUGGGACUCUAUUUGGCGAUGAUUCUGAUGAUGAAAGUGUUGACUUAAACAAAGAUGAUCCUGCAUAUCAGCUCGACUGCGGUAAAGCUGAUUCCAUUCUUAGCGACGAAUGGUGGUUGAAAGAGGUUUACCUACAAUUGCGUCGUAACGAGAUGCGCAAAGGCGAAACAGAUGAGAAAACACAUACCUAUUCGGGAUCAAAAUUUGUUGACGUCACUCUUUCAUCAUGCACGGCCUGCCCGACUUGUCGAACGAUGAUAUACGAUGAGGAGAUUAUGUCUGGCUGGAAGGUUGACGACCAGAAUUUGAAUACCAUCUGUCCGUAUUGUUGUUCUGCAGAAGAAACGUCCCACGAUCCCGAAAGAAAAGGAGUAUUUGCUCCGAGAUUGACCGUACACCUUGAUUUACGCGAUCAACCUUUAUCGAGCUGGUACAGCCCUAGUUGUCUUGAAGGAGACCUCGACAACAGCGAGUCGGAGUUGGCAAGUCAAGAUUUGUCCGUUUCUUUCGUCAGUCCUCUUGUGCUUCGUCGGGAAGUCGAAACUCUUUUGGCUAAUGAUCUGUAUGCCUUGAAGGAUCCAAAAAUCAUGAGCACACACCCAAUUGUGUUCUGGAACCUUGUCUACUAUCUACGACGACUUUCUUUACCUACUCAUCUGUACACAUGGAUUUCUCCUCGUAAUCAUGUGAGAUGCGUGUAUGACCGACCCUUAGACCACUCCAUACCUAUGCCUUUGUAUCUUGUAAAUCCCAAUCAUAAGUUCGUACCUGAGGAUAAGAUCACAGAUCGCUCUUUGAAAGUUUGGCGGAUAGUAACCCAAUCCGUACAAGAAAACAAGCUGUUCACAGCCAUACAAACUCUCAUCAACGAUAGUCGGAGAGUUACGGAUAAUGGACAGAUUGCGCUGGGGCCACAUUUUCCUGUGUUCAGGGAUAUUCUGUUUGCAAGCUUGGAUAUGUUUGGUCGAAAUCUGGUGCGAGACAGUCUCGACGUGCAGUAUGCUGAAGAGCACAGCAAGCUGCCACCGCGCAUCAUGUGCAUCAUGCCGCAGCAGGACAGGCCACCAACACUUGUGCAGCGCGCCUGUCGCAAAGUGUUCCUUCCUCUAGAUCUCUUCUGAUCUCCACGGGUUCCCAUCAUCAGCUGAUGUGAAUAGCUUGCCAGUUGCCAUGCGAGAUCCUACGGCUUUAUCAUACUGGAUCUAGACAUCUCUCGGUGCUGGUUCUCUUGUGAUUUAACUUUUGUGAAUCUCUUUACAGUGCAUGACUUCUGAUGCAGAAUUAGCCACCCACCUUGAACAUUUGUCCAUAUAGUCAGCUAGUCAAGUAAUGCCUAAUAACGUGUUGAGUGUUUUCGCUUUCAAUCCGCUUAGCGGGAAGCAAUCCCGUGCACUUGUGAUUUAGUUCUCUGGUCUCCAAGUUGUGGUACUGUUGACGAAUUCUGGUUCAAAUCUGAUUUUGCCUUCACUUCAUUAGUUUCUUUCUUCUGCUUUGAUCACAUAUUUCUCAACAUUUGUCCUUUCUGUGUGCACCAAUUUUAUUGUGAUAAAACUGAGAUGCAUUUCUCUGAUGUAUACUAUGCACAUUUGGUUUUUACCAACCUGAGUAAUUCUGCGU